GCUUCUCGCCGCGUUUCCGCUUCCUUUCUGCCCGCACGAGCCCGCUAUCGAACACGCGAGACUCUACCUCUCUGCAAAGAUGCGUUACGUAGCCGCGUACCUGCUCGCUGCCCUCGGAGGCAAAGAGAGCCCCAGCACAGGUGACAUCAAGAAGAUUCUGGACAGCGUCGGCAUCGAGUCCGAUGACACUCGCAUGGGGAAGGUUGUCUCGGAGCUCAGUGGCAAAAAUGUGGAGGAAGUGAUUGCCCAAGGCUUCAGUAAACUGGCCAGUGUGCCAUCAGGUGGCGCUGUUGCAGUAUCCACCUCCGCUGCACCAGCUGCUGGAGGAUCUGCUCCCGCCCCUGCAGCAGAGGAGAAGAAAGAAGAGAAGAAAGAGGAGUCUGAGGAAUCCGAAGAUGACAUGGGAUUCGGACUCUUUGACUAAUCUGUCUCCUCGGGACCAAAAUAAAGUUUAUAACAAAACAAA